AUGUCAACAGCCACCCUUAUGGUGGGCUUCAUAUCACUUGCGUCGGCAUACAUCAUCGAUCCCCCAACAACAGCUGCCGCGGACACCAUCCAAGAUUGUUCUGCUUGGUAUGUGGUAGCUGGUGGAGAAAGCUGUGCGUCCAUUGCUGCAGACCAAUGGAUUACAGUCGAUCAAUUCAAUGCAUAUAACCCGUCCCUUGGUUCUGGGUGCAAGCUUGUCACCGGGAAUUCGUAUUGCAUUGAGCAGAACUUCGGUUUUCCCGUGACCACUCUACCACCGACCACCAAGCCUACCAGCACACCCCCACUGAAAACCACGCCUGCGCCGACGCCAACAAAUGGAAUUGCUACACCUAAGCCAAUACAGACAGGCAUGGUCUCGAGUUGCGACGAGUUCUACCUGGUCGUGAAGGACGACACCUGUUACAACAUUGCCGAGAAAUAUAGCAUCACGCUUGAUCAGUUUUAUGCAUGGAAUCCAGCUGUUGGGACAACGUGCGGCAAACUUUGGCCUGAGAACUACGUUUGUGUCUCCAUCAUUGGCUUCCCAGUCAGCAGCAGCAAAACCACACUUAUCACCACACAAAAACCCCAAACUUCGAGCUAUGUUAUACCACCACUAUGUCGCUUCGACCUGUCCAAGGGCCAGUAUAUCUGUGACCCCAGCCCUACGACGACGACCAAGCCGACGACUACGACCACAGGCAAUGGCAUCGUUACACCUACACCAAUUCAGUCAGGCAUGGUCUCCAAUUGCAAGAAGUUUUACAAGGUGGUCUCAGGAGACGGUUGCUGGGCUAUCAGUAACUCAAACAACAUUCAGUUGGAUGACUUUUAUAAGUGGAAUCCGGCCGUGAACGCCGGCGGAGAAUGCAAGGGACUGCAGGCAGCUGUCUGGGUCUGCAUUGGCGUCUAA